GUCAUUCUCAGCUUUGUACUGUAGUUGCAAUCCAGAUCUUCACCAUGCAGUCCAUGCCAGCAAUGCCGCCAACGAGCGGGAAUAUGAACCGAGGGCCGCCCCAAGCCUUUCAAAGUAUGCCUCCUCAAGUCGGCGGGCCGCAGGGAACUGCCCCACCGAUGACAAAUUUCGGCUCGAUGGGCAACGUUCCCAGAACUGCCAUUCCAGGGACAGGUAUGCCUGGAGGAGUUCCCAUGAGCGGACCACCGAUGUCUGCUGCUUCCAUGCAGGGUGGAUACCAGCCAGGUCCAAUGAACUCAAUGCCAAAUAUGGGCUCAAUGCCGGCCAUGCCAGGCGGCUGUGGCGGCUGUGGAAGUGUUGCAUAUGGCGCACCAGGACCUGCACAAGGCCCGCCUUUGGCGAUGCAGGGUCAGUUCAUGCCUAAUGUAUCGCGCCCACAGAUGACCAGUGUGGCCAACCCUCCAGUCGUCGCAGGGAACAUCCAAUAUGGCCCGUCGUACAAGAUGCAGUACCAGAAGCGCUCCACAACUGACAAAUCUGCUGUGAAGUACACUGGUUUCUUGCCCCUGGAAGGAGUCUAUGAGGAAGACACUUGUCGCAUUGGGUGAGGGAAGAGAAAGCCUGCUGUCUCACAAAUACAGUCUUUUGUUUUGAAACCAGUGAUCAUUGUACUCUUAUCAUCUCUUACAUCUCUUAUUUGGUCUCA